AGCAAAGCAACAGCAUUUGCCGAUUUGCGCCAUCUUCUCACUCAAGCUCGCGGGCAACGGUGUCGUCCCUGAAAUGGGGAGCCAGAGCCACGACGACAAGGCGAAGAAGCGCGUGGUCAUCUACGCCCCGCCGCCGGUGAUGGGCAGCCACCUGGUCUCCUUGGUGGAGCUCGGCGAGCUGCUCGCGGCGCACGGCCUCGAGGUCACCGUCGUGCUCGGCGGGCGGACCGACGACGACCAGGCCGCCGCAGGUUCAUUCGCCGAAGGCGCUGCCGCUGCGCACCCCGAGCUCUCCUUCCACCGCCUACCGUGCGUGACGCUCCCGCGCGACGUGCCCGCCCACGAUCCCGUGUCGCAGGCCUUCGAGCUCGCCCGCGCCUCCAACUCCGACCUCCGUGAAUUCCUCCGUGCCGCCUCCCCGCCCCCGGCCGCCCUCGUCCUCGACUUCUUCUGCGGCAGUGCCGUGGACGUUGGUGCCGAGCUCGGCAUCCCGACCUACUUUUUCUUCACCACGUCCAUCUCCGGCCUGGCGGAACUGAUAUACCACCCCUUGAUCCACGAGCGGACAACUCAGAGCCUCCGAGACCUCGGUGGCACCCUUCUGCACGCUCCAGGCAUCCCCCCGAUACCGGUAGACCACCUCCCCGCGUCAUACCUCGACCGCGACAGCCUCGGCAACAGGCUCUUCCUCGCCUUAUGCGAACAGAUGUGCAGAUCCCAGGGUCUCAUCGUGAACAGCUUCCGUUCGCUGGAACCGCGCGCCACCGACGCCAUCGUGAACGGCCUCUGCACGCCACCGGGGCGUCGGACUCCACCGCUGCACUGCAUCGGCCCACUGGUAAAGCAGGUGGAAGAGCCCGGCGCGAACCGGCACGAGUGCCUGGCGUGGCUCGAUGCCCAGCCUGAGGCCAGCGUCGUGUUCCUCUGCUUCGGCACCAUGGGCCGGUUCAGCGCGGAGCAGACAAGGCGGGUGGCUUGUGGGCUGGAGACGAGCGGGCAGCGGUUCCUGUGGGUCGUGCGGCGCCCGCUUGGCGAGGACAACGGCCACAAGCCGACAGACCUCGACUUCGACCUCGACGCGCUCCUCCCUGACGGGUUCCUGGCACGCACCAAGGGCAAAGGGCUGGUGGUCAAGUCAUGGGCGCCGCAGAGCGAGGUGCUGUCCCACGCCGCGAUCGGCGGGUUCGUGACGCACUGCGGGUGGAACUCGGUGCUGGAGGCGGUCACGGGCGGCGUGCCGAUGCUGGCGUGGCCGAUGUACGCCGAGCAGCGGAUGAACAAGGUGUUCCUGGUCGAGGAGCUGCGGCUGGCCGUGGCGCUGGAAGGGUACGACAAGGGGAUGGUCGGGGAUGAGGAGGUGGCUGCCAAGGUGAGGUGGCUGAUGGAGUCGGACGGCGGCAGGGAGCUCCGGGAGCGGACACGGGCCGCCAUGCGGUGGGCGAAGGAAGCGAUCAGCGACGCCGGGGAGUCGACAACUUGGCUGCUGGAGCUCGUACGGCAGUGGAAAAGGUGAAGAAAAUACUUGCGUCAGUCAUUCAAUUUGUACUACCACAUGGACGAGGUAGACGAAUUAUACUGGCCCGUUUGUACUUGACAAUAAUCCAUUCUUUCGUACCGUUGCUCCGCGUCGUCGUUUCGAUCGUACAGCACUUGAACUAACAAGGCAACUGCACGUGCACGUCAUGGAGACAAUAAGCGGCUCAGAUCUUGUGGACCUGCUGCCGCUCGCACAUCGUGCUCUUCUGUUGCCGCUCGAAGGCUAGUAACUGUUGAGAAAUCCCUAAACCUAGAUAAUUGUGGGCUUAUACUAAAUAUACCCUGGAGGAUCAAAACUGUAUAAAGGAAUAUGUACCCAUCUAUUAUGAUAAGAGAGAACAAGUUCCACCUA